AUGGCGCUUCGCACCAGUGUGGUGCCACGAGCUGACAGACCACCUGUCAUUCCGCCCUCCCUGCGCCGAGACGCAGCGCGAGACGUGGCCACACCAGUCCGCCCGCAGGGCGCGGCGGACGAGCCGCCGGCGAAGCGGGCGAAGCGACGGAGGAGUGCGGCCGAAAAGCUGUUGGCGAGGGCCGAGCUGGAAGCGAAGUCCAGGAGCACCGAGGUAGAGGCACCUCAAUGGCCCGAGGCUGCUCUGCUGGGCCAGGAACUCUUCACCAAGGCCCUGGAGGCCUCCAAGGGAUUCCAGGUGGCUCCCCCAGUGGGGCGGCAAGCCGCGCUUCAUUUGGCCUCCAUGACCGGCUCGACUUUGAGGUUGGCUUGGUCGCUUGGGCUGUUGGACUCCUCGCCUGAUUGGCAAGGGCUUUUCGAGGAGAAACUGUUCGAGGCUCUUCAAGUCUCCAACUUGGGAUUCCUCUCUCCGGAUCUCCAGCGCCAAUGGCGAAAGCCCAAGGCCUCCGUGUGGCAGCGCUUGCAACACUUAGCCUCAUUGGAUCGACUCCUGCUGGGCUUGUGGGCCGAGGAGCACGCUGUUCCUCAUCCCUGUGAACUCUCCGAGCUUGCUGUCGAGCAAUUUUUGCAGGACCCUUCCACGGCAGACCACAUCGCCCAGCUCUUCCAGAGCCCCGCGGCUGCGGACGCUGCCCGACGCCUGGGCCUGGCUCCGUCGAGGGCGAAGAAGACGGCGCGGAGUCAGAGGCCGUGCUGGGCGCUGCGGUGGCUGCGGGCGCGGUGGCUGGAAGGUGCAUGCAGCCUGGUGAAAGCUGAAGGAUGUAGCCGAAAACAGAUGCUCAGAUAUGUGACCCAUUGGCAGCUGGUGGGGCGUGAUGUCACUGCACGUUACCUCGCCUUCGUCAUCCCGAGCCCAAAGGUCCUGCGAGAAAUCCAGAAGCGCUGUGGCAGUGGCGGUUUGGUGGAGCUUGGGGCUGGCAUGGGCUACUGGUCGCACUUGCUGGCGAACUCCGGCGUGGAGGUGGUCGCCUUGGAUGUGGAUCCACCGGAGAAGUCCAGGUUCAAGGUUCAGCUGGGCGACGCGAGUUCCCUGCCAAAGUUGCAGAGGGAACUGCUGCUCCUUUGCAUGCCUCCUCCGGGUGAAGCUGCCUGUGCCGAUGAAGCGCUGCGACACUUCACCGGCCGAUAUGUCGUCUAUAUCGGCGAGUGGUAUAGCGGAAUGACUGCAACACGGUCCUUCCACGAGUCUUUAUGGGCCAACUAUGACCUGGAGCUACGAUUGCCGCUCCCCUGCUAUCCCAUGCUGCGACUGGAAUGCUUCAUUUUUCGCGUGCGGUCGGUCAAGACGACCAAGCGGGCGCGGAAGAAGGAGGCGGAAGAGGUGACGACGGAGGCCAACUGGCUUCUCACCUGCGACCACUGCAGCUUCUGUGGACCCUUGCGCUGUUGCCCUACCACGCGCUACUGGCGGCUUUGUUCAGAAAGCUGCUAUGAGGCCAUGAAGGCUGAACAGGAGGCGUUCUUGAAGCUGCAAAACUGUGGUCUUGAGCCGGAGGUCCCUCGCUGGGACUGGUGGGAAGAGCAAGCCUGGAUUGAUGACACCUCAACGAAGCAGUGGGCCAAGCUGAAACGAGCGACGCCACAGUCGGAGAUCGAAGGGUGGAGAACAAAAAGCCACCUGGCAAUGACGACAUGGCCACAGCCUUUGAAGUUGGCGUUGAGUCAAGAAGUUGUGCCGUCAAGAAGUUCUGGCCGUCAAGAAGUUGUCUUUGUGAAGUUUUGGUGUCUCCAAAACGUUUGGGACCGUUUGGUAGUUUGGGACGUUUGUUUUGAUCAAUCAAUCUGCAAUCGACUUGAAUGGUUAUCUUCCAAUCACAUUUUGGGAUUUGACACAUAA